AUGUCCGCAACCACCGACGACAUCAUCGAGAAGAUGAAGGGCCUCACGCUUCUCGAAGCGUCCGAGCUCGUCAAGCAGAUCGAGGAGGUCUUCGGCGUCGACGCCUCCGCCCCCGCGGGCGGCAUGGUGAUGGCCGCGGGUCCCGCGGGCGGCGCCGCCGAGGCGGCUGAGGAGAAGACGGAGUUUGACCUCGUCAUCAAGGACGUGGACGCGUCCAAGCGCAUCGCGAUCAUCAAGGUUGUCCGCUCGCUCACGUCCCUCGGUCUCAAGGAGGCGAAGGACGCGGUCACGAACCUCCCGUUCUCGAUCCUCGAGGGGAAGUCCAAGGCGGAGUGCGAGGAGGCGAUGAAGACGCUCACCGAGGGCGGCGCCACCUGCGAGAUCGCGUAA